AAACCAUCUACCGGUGAAAUAAGGAAACUGCUGCUGCUGUUAUUAGUCGGCUGAUGCGACUUGCUUUUUUAGUUUUUUCGUCUUCCUUUCAACUUUUGAAGUUUCGUUAAUCCGCUGAAUCAAAACAAACGUUAACAGUCUUUAAAGUCUAUCUGACUGAUUAAUUGAAUCUCAUCUUCAUGCUUUUUAAAAAAAUUUCCCCACUGUUGUGAUAGCCAUUUCAAAGUAUUGACAGUCAGCUGACAUAGAUUUUACUUGUAAAAUGGGCAGUCAAAAAAUAUUGAACUGCAUUUCGAACAAGACCUUCCAUAUCCUGAACUGUGCCUUUCUAAUUAUAGUGCUUAUCCUCCAAUCUCUUGUUCUGAAUACCUACAUAAUUUCCUACACAUGGAACUGGGAUCUGGCUAGUUACUUUUGGUUUCUUGGCGAUCUUUUCAUGGCUGGUCUGUUUGUUGCCAUGUCAAUCAGGGCAUAUUCUUACCUGACUGAACAGAAGCUACUGAAGAAGAAAAAGGAAGAAAAGCACAGUCUUUCUACAGUACCAAGUCCAGUAGGAAAGAGUGUUCUUGGAGUUCUCCCUUUGUGUUAUUUGGCAUGGAUUUGUUAUGCCACAUGCCUAGUCACCAAAGUAGCUUUCAUAUUCAAAUCUGAAAUCAUCAACACACUCAAACCUCAAGAUAUAUUUGGCCCACAAUUGUUGAAGUUUACCAUUUCCUCAUCAACUAUUGUGUUUAUAUUGUUAGUUGCUGCUCAUCAUGAUUCAGAAAAAGAUUCUCAGCGUGCCCUUGCCAUCAAGUCCAUGUGCACAAACACGGCGUUCGAGCUGCUGGAUUCGGUUGCUUUUCUUAGCAUCCUCAUUAUUAAAGAGUCUCAUCUCGCUGUUACUUACGACUUUGAAAACUUUGUUCUUGUUUUUGCGUGUAUCAAUUUCUUCCUGCCAACUAUUGCCCUCUAUCAAUAUUCGUUGAGCGAUUUCGGUCAACUAGAAAAACCUCUUGAUCUAAACGGUGUUUAUCACCUGAGUCAUAUGUCAUUGGUUAACGUCCCCUACUUAGCCGUUCGAGUCUACUUGUGGUCAGGCUAUGGAUCUGAUAUCUCUCUUUUCGUCAUGAAAAAUGUGAUCGGUAUUUUGUGGCAUUUAAAAGACAUUGUUCCUGAUUUUAUUCUUUUGCACAAACAGUGUAGAGCGAUGCGCGGCGGAAUUGUUCGCCAUCGCAAAGUUGUUGACGAAUGUAAAGACGAUGCUGUCGAACUCGAACAAAUCUAAGAAAACAAAAAACAAAAAAAAACUCGCACAGUUGUAUCAUGUAAUUCAAAUACUCUUAACCUUGGCCAUCAGUGACAAUAUAACAUCUCAAACCUCACGUGUCGAUUUGUAUAAUCUUCCUUCAAAUAAAUAAUAAAGUCAGUAAUAAAAGUUGGUUGUCUUUUUAAUCAGUUUACCAAAUUGAAUGCAAAGUAACACAUGCCCAAAAGUACAACAAUAAUAAGCCCGCGGCAGACGGUGGGGUCGGUGGGUGUGAACAAUAGUAACUAUUUAAACUUAAAUUUAAAAAAAAAUUUGCCUGGAGCAUGAAAAUCUCACCCUGUUGUCAAUCCCGAGUUGUUAAUUAAAAGGAAACUCGCUAGAGACGACACUCUUGAACUAAGUCUCGUGCCCAGUACACCUGUAGUCGAUCGUCUGGUGUACUUUAUUCACACCUGUUAGCGCCAUGAAAGUUUGCACGUCAGCCAUUUUUCUUGUAGUGAUGGUGGCCGCAAAUCUGCCCACCAUUCGAGGCCAAAUGGGGUACAACUACCACAACGAUCUCUACGACGCUCAAGCAGCAUACGCCUGUCAAAGUGGGGCUUAUGGAUCAGCUUAUAACUGCGGAUAUGGCACACGGAAUCAAAAUUGGUUUGGAUCUUUCUAUUUAGGCAAAGCCAAUCCAUACGGAUUUGUCAGCACUAUGCCUUACGGUUAUGGUUCCGGAGCACAGCCUUUCUUCUCGGACCCUUACUCUGGAGGAUGGCCAGGAACUAGUUAUGCCCCAGGUGGUUACUUGGCAUCAGCACUUCCAGUCUACAAUAAUUUUUAUCCUAAUCCAAAUGUUCGUUAUUAACUUGUUUUCAUUCUAAAUGUAUGGGGUGAAUUUGUUGUUAUACACGCUGCGUAAACUUUAGAAGUAAAAUGUAUUUACUGUAAACUGAUAUCCACGCAAAUAUAUUAUCGUUCCAACCAUAAA